GCGGCGCGGGGAGCCCGCACGGCGGCGGCGAGCCGGAGCGGCGGCGAUCCGGCGCUGGGCAUGGGGCGGCGGCGGCGGGGGGCGCUGGCGGAGCCGGCGGGCGGCUGCUGCUGCUGCCUGGCGGCGGCGCUGCCGCUGCUGCUGCUGCUGCUGCCCGCCGGGUGCCCGGUGCGGGCGCAGAACGACACGGAGCCCAUCGUCCUGGAGGGGAAGUGCCUGGUGGUGUGCGACUCCAGCCCCUCGGCCGACGGCGCCAUCACCUCCUCCCUGGGGAUCUCGGUGCGCUCGGGCAGCGCCAAGGUGGCCUUCUCGGCCACUCGCAGCACCAACCACGAGCCCUCCGAGAUGAGCAACCGCACCAUGACCAUCUACUUCGACCAGGUAUUAGUUAAUAUUGGCAACCAUUUUGAUCUUGCUUCCAGUAUAUUUGUAGCACCAAGAAAAGGGAUAUAUAGUUUCAGUUUCCACGUGGUCAAGGUCUAUAACAGACAAACCAUCCAGGUAAGUUUAAUGCAAAACGGCUACCCAGUGAUUUCAGCUUUUGCAGGGGAUCAGGAUGUCACCAGAGAAGCAGCCAGCAAUGGGGUCUUGCUCCACAUGGAAAGAGAAGACAAAGUGCAUCUCAAACUGGAAAGGGGUAACCUCAUGGGAGGGUGGAAAUAUUCAACCUUUUCUGGCUUCUUAGUCUUUCCACUAUAAAAGAAGUCCAAAUAGGAGACAGAUCCAUGAGCCGGAGCAAGGAUUCAAUCGUUAACGACACCCUGAACUUGGCUGCACAUGACAAUAUUUCCAGUCACCCUGUCAGACUGUCUCGGUAGAAGAAUGAUAACCUUCUAAACUCCAACAUUUGCUUUGAAUAUUGACAAUUCCUCGGGAACCUGCGCCUCUAAUUAGUUUUAGACGACAGUGAUCUUUAGGAGAAAUGAAAUUAUCGACCUGAGCAAUUUGUACCUGUGAUUGUAAAGUCAAUUUCGGAUUUUAUUGUUGGGAUCAUUGACUUUCUUAUUCUUUUUUAUUUUUUUCCUCUCUUUCAUUUUUUCCUCUUUUUCUUUCUCUUGUUGUUGUCCCAAUGAGACAAAUAACUUGGACCACACAAUCGCUUUGUCAAAGGCUCGCUCCAGAGCCAGAAGAAUGAAGUAUUCAGCCCAAUGAGGUGUUCUUUCCAUACUUUAUUUCUUUGUGUUGUAUAGCCUUAAGGAAAAAAGAAAAAAAAAAGAAAAAAAAGAAAAAAAAAGAAAAAAAAAAGAAUGGCUUCAGUCUCAGUCCUGUAUUUUUCUGGGGGAGGGGGAUUCUGGACAUUACUGUGUCAAGAAGUGCUUUAUCCAGUGAAGCAAAAUUUGCACGAUUGGAACCUUAUUUGUUUUGUGUUGUUCGUGUUUUUCAUCAACUUUUUAUUUUUCCUGAUUUUUGUUUGUGUGUGCUAAAAAUGUAAGCUAGAUUGAUCAAUAAGACAAAACAAAGCACAUAUAUACCCUGUAGCUCUAAGUAAAGCUAACCAGUGAACAAUUCUGUCUGCACUUUCCAGCUGAUCUUUAUAGACCUAUUUAGAGAGAGAGAAAGAGAGAGAAAGAGCGAGAGAGCUACAUGAUCCUUCAAUUACAAUCUGGAAACCGGUAAAGGAACUGACAUUUCUGAAUUGUCCUGACAUUUCUAGAAGCAACAAUGGAGGCUUUGAAUAUCUUCUCUGACCAUACCCUAAAAUAUAUCCUUUCUUUGCAUUACCGAGCAUAUUUUGGGUGCUUUUAUCUGAUAUUUAUUUGAUGUAUUUGUCCACUAAUGCUUGAGUACACAUUGUGGGAGCACGGAGAGAUGGCAGAGAAAACUCUUCCUCUUCCAAAUUAAAUAAAACCAUCUCCACUUGACCUGUCUGUGGCAAGUAUUGGAGGAGUUGCCACUAGCAUCUUUGACAGCCUUUGGGAGAAGGGCCUCAGAGGAUCAGCAAAUGCACCAGAAGUUGCACGGGUGCCGGUGGCGUGCAUUUAUUAGCUGCGUGUGCUCUUGCCAAUCCAAAUGGCCUCAGAGUUCUGGGGGUGGACUGACAUCGAUACUGGAGGUUAGGAAAAGUUAUUACCCAAAUCAACAAGAGGUAAAAUAUCAGGCCAAUGUCAAUUGCAUCCUUUUGCCUCAUUCUCAAUAAACAGAUCUUGUUUCUUCACUUUUUUUAAUCAUGGUUGGUGUACUGAGGAAAAUCUUGCUUGAAGAGACACAGGAGGAAUGUUUACAUUAUUUUAUAUGAUUUUUAUCUUCAUUUAUUUAAUUUGAAAUAUUUCAUCUUGCUAUUAAUCCUACAAGGGUGGAUGUGUAAAAGAAUUUAUUUUUGUCAAAUUUACUCCUCUGCCACAAACAAAUAUAAUGCAAAGGUAUUUGCAGAAAAGCGAUGGUAGCGAUGUUGUAUUUCAAAAUUAUGGUGGACAUGUCAUUUUCAUUGUAAAUUUAUCAUUAAAGGGACAAAGUCAAUUAAAAUCAUAUAUUCUUAAAAAAACCCUUAUCUGUGUUGCUUAUGAUACCUCAGAUGACUAAAAUAUAAGCCAAUUUAAUAUCUAAUAUUUUUGUGUAUUUUCACCUUUGAUGUUGUUUGUUUGCUUUGGCGCUUCACUUUGCUGGUUCCUGAAUGAAUGGACUUCAGGUUUGUUUUUUAAUUGGUUGCAUUUUCUAGUUCCCCUUGUGCAUUGGCAUGACUGCAAUGUUUCUAUUCGCAAAA